AAAAAUCCCAGAAACAUGUCAGUUACAGUAAUUAUCUAUAUUUAUAGAUGUGAUGUUGAAGAGUUGCAACACCUGUGGUGUGAGGUCAGAAAGGAGGCCAUCAAAAUGGAGGAGCUACUGUCACAGCGUAUAAAAGCCAUCAUGGCCGGCAAUGAAACUUACAGUCCCUUAGAUGCACUUGAAAUUAUACAAUCUAUGAUAGAUUUGUUACGAGAACAAUUGUACCACCAACAAAUGUGUAUCGGAAGGGACGUUAGUUUCACGGAAGAUGAAAUCGAGGCUGAUACAACCAGGAGCCAAUCAGCUUGCUCCAAUAUGUCGUCAGUAAGUGAGUCAUGGAUGUCGGAUAUAUCCAAUCAGAUGUCAGAUAUCAAAUCUUCACUGGCUUCAGCUGAACAGAAACAGGCUGAAGAACUGAAUCAAAGAAUAGCAGAGUUGAAGAAAAGCCUGCUCUCCGAGGUCAAAGGUGAAAUGUCAACGACACAGAAUGCCAAAAUGUUACAGCUGCAACUUCAGGCACGUGACAAUGAAAUUCGGCGUUUGAAAAUGGAACUGUUGUUACAGAACGUUAAUUCUGGCGGUACUCGAAAGAAGCAAAUGUUUGAGAGUGAUGUGUGAACAACCUUGGAAUUAGACUCUAUAGAUAGAGAAGAGAAACAAAUCUGGGGUUGAAACACGUGCCUGAAACGUGCUUGGGUGCUUUCUGGAUUGUUAACAUGCCUUGUCAUGUAAACGGUGCUUUGUCGAUAGAUAAGAACAUGAGAUAAGUUUGUCAUGAAUAAUGAUGAUGUGUUAACACGAUUAUGUGCUAUAUAUUAAAAUGUACCAAAAGUUGGCAAAAUGCCAUUAAAAGACUUAAACAUUUUACACCAAAGCAUUUUUAAUGACUUUUCGUAACUUACAAAAUUUAUUCUUGUAAGAUAGCAGUGUUAAUGUAAUUUAGAAACUAAUAGUGGUUACUUUUACACACACACAUACAAAGUUUUGUUUUGGAACUUUUUUGUGUGUCAACUAAGCUGAAUAAUUAUCAAGAGUUAUCACUCUUGGCAACUAAAUCAAUGUAUUUAUGAGAUGAAGUAAAUCAAACUAAGUUACAUAUUCCAAAGAAACUGCAUUCCAUAAAUGAUCAUCUAAAUUCAUAUAUAUUUUUAGAAACUUCUUCAAAAUGUAUUUUUUUACCCAUAUAUUUUAAAUGUAGUCAGAGUUUGUGUUUUGUGUCUGUUUUGUUCCGUUAAUGAAUUUCCCUCUCAUGAUAUGUCUGUUAUUAUUUCUUUCUUUUGUCCCAUUAUCUAUCCUUUGUCACUAUCUAUGUACUUUAACUUAAUUUAAAGUCUUUGCUGAAGUUUCCUUACUUUUUCUUGAUUUUGCUUUCUUUGUGUUAGUUUUCUUAGUCUUGCCCAUCUUUCUUGUCUUAAUUUUUUUCUCAAAUCUUUCUUUCACUAAAUGUCCCCCUUGCUUACACCUUUCUUUUUUCUGUUUUUUCUUUUAGCAGACUUUUUUUUUGUAGAGAUCUUUGGUGUCAUUUAUGUUUUACACACUUAUUUUUAUUCUAUAUUUUCCAUGAAUAUUGAGGUUUGAAAAUCAUAAUUUCUUCUUGAAAUUGGAACUCUUUGUCUGAUUUUUCUUCUAGUCAGUUGAUUAUCAUUUUCACAUGUAUAACAUUCCAUUUUGUCUAUAGUUUUGAAAUUAUGCUCAUGAUAAAGUUCCUCUUACACUUCUCCUUGGUGCUUUGAAUUACUUUGUAAAGGGAGGAGGAAACUUUAUUCAUAUGUAAUUUUUUUUUCAAGAUGUCUACUUAUUUUUUUAAAUUGUUUUCAAAAUUGCCUCAUUUAGAUACAUUUGUUGUACUUUAAGGUUUUGAAUAGAAAAACAACAAUAAAAACAUGUCUGAAAAAAAUGUUUCUCUAACAACACAGGAGGUUUGAGCAUGUAUCUUCAUUUUGAAUGUAAGCCACUUUGACCAAUUGCAUAUAAGCUGUUGCUUACUUUUUGGCUAUGAUUUUACAUGUUGAAAACGAUUUGUGUUCUGUCUUCCAGGAUUGACUCUUGUUAUUGUUUGUUGAUUUUUACAUUAUUGUUAUUGCCUAUUAUGUAGAUAUACAAUGUUUUAUAAGGAUAUAUUAAAUAUUCUGAAGAAAUAA